AUGGUAAAGCUGGACCCUACCGCGCUCAAGCAGAGCACAUCCAUCCGCAAAGACCUCUCCUCCUUCUCCGCAGCACUCGGCGCCGACCCGUCUGCACCACCACAACACCUGCAGCAGCCUGUAUCUGCAGCCACGGUUGGCGCGCUGUCCGCCAGCUUGACUGCCUUUGCGCGCACCGUCGACGAAUACAAUGCACUCGCCAAGCAGGAACUCAACCCGGCAAAACAAGAAAAGGCAUUUGACCGCAUCCGCAAUUUCCAGACCGAGCUCGGCGAGUUCCGCGCACAGUUCGACAGCUUGAAAGCCGCACGCGAGGAGGCCGCGCACCAGUCGAACCGCACGGAGCUACUGGGGCGUCGGCCAUACGCAGCAGUAACGCCCGAGAACCCGUACGCAACAACGUCGGCAACGGCAACAGCGAGCGGCAGCCACAGUUAUGGCGGUGCCGGUGGUGCCGGCCACUCCAGGACGAUGAGCACGGCCGAGGACCAGCGCGAGGCGCACGCGCUGCGCGAGCAGAGCUUCUUUGCCAGCACGAACACGGCGCUGGACGAGUACAUUGCGCGGGGUCAGGCGGUCCUGGGCGACCUGAGCAACCAGCGGGAUAUGCUCAAGAACACACAGAAACGCAUGUACACCGUGGCAAACACACUGGGCAUCAGCGGCGACACGAUCCGUAUGAUCGAACGGCGGGCACGCGAAGACAAGUGGAUCUUCUGGGCUGGUGUCGUAGUAUUUGUGCUCUUCUGCUGGCUUUGCUUGCACUACUUACGGUGA